GAUAACAGGAGUUCCCUCGGCGAAUAUGCUAAGAUGGCGUCGUCCGCCAGUGAUGCGGGCCCUGUGAACGCGCGCCGGAAAGCUCUCUUUGCGGCAGUAUGUUCGAUCUGUGUCGAAACUGGCUUCUCGAGCGCAGAGCGAGUAGCAGUCGAGUCUCUGGUGGAGAUGCUUCAAAGCUGUCUCGUCGAGAUCGCCCGAAGCAGCAGAGCCUUUUGCGAGCUCUCCGGGAGGACCGAGGUCUUGUCCGGAGAUGUCUUCGUGGCCCUCAUCGAAAUGGGCAUCAAUGUGGAAUCGUUAUGGAGCUUUGUCAAGCGUCCGAACCGCAUCACACUGCCAACACCGGGCUUACAGACACGAUCGUCGAUGCCAAAGAUCCUGCAGGCUGGAGACAAGAAGCCCCUGCCACCUCACAUUCCCGAACACAUGGUGCCCUUUCCUGAUCCACACGCCUACAUCCGGACACCAACACACAAGCAGCCUGUGACGGAGUAUGAAGCUAUUCGGGAGAAGCUGGCCAGCCAGAAGCGAGACGUGGAGCGUGCCCUGACCCGUUUUGUGGCCAAGACAGGCCCCACUCAGAGCCUCUUUGCAGACCAGUCAGCUCCAUUUCCUUUGAUAGCUUGCAAGCCAAUGGCCCAGCCAUACCUAGCAGCGCUGCUUCCCAAGGAUCAGGUGUUUGAGCAGCAGGAAGAGGAACAGGCCAAGAGCAGUCCUGAAAGGCCACCGGAGCUCGUCGACAACCCUUACCUGCGCUCAGUCAAGAUGCCACGAAAGCGCAAGCGGUGACUUCUUGACACAAAGACAAUGUGCGCAUGCUUGAUACUCUUUAAGAAGAAUGGCUGCAGCAAGCUGGCUGCGAGGAGACUCCGUAGAGCCAAGUAGGCUUUAAAGUUUCAUUGACCACCAAAUGCUCAAGUCUGAGAAGAAACAGACAGCCAACCAGAGCUUCUAUAUGGCAUCAUUCUUGGCUUGACUUGUUAGUUGGUGACCUUGAGCUUCACUGUGGAAUGUUGGUGACGUGCUUGGCUGUCUUUCUUGCAUAGAUGGUUGUGCACGGAUGUUUUGCAAGACAGAGUGGCUGCAACUGUGAUAGCAUUUCUUUGCAAUGUUCAUGCAGGACCCUAAACAAGCAUUCUGUAGUGAAUGCUGGAGACUUGUAAUAGCAUGGCGUCAAGAGUGGACCAGCAUCGCGACUGCUACACAACUGUCAAUGCACAACCAACCAAAAGUACUGACAUCACCUGGGUGGCAGUAAAGGUUGUGUAUGUGCACGUUUCUAGACGGGCAAUUUUACCAGUGUUCUGCAUCAUGCAAUGUUUGCAGACAGACAGGGAACUGUGGGCUUGCAUUAUACCAAAUACACAGUUCAGAGGUGACUAGGGACAUGAAAAAAAAAACAUAGGCAGAUGCCUUGUUGCUAUUCUUACUUGUCAUGUUUUAGUGGCAAGACACUUGUGUUACUCUGACAUUUUGCACCCUCUCAUGUGUAAUUUCAUUCCAUAGCUGUAAAUGCAAUACCUGCAGCUGCUCCCUUUCUCAUUACAGAGUUGCGCCAAGUACUUUGCUAUCAGUAGCGCCAUGUGCUUCCAAGUGAUGCUGACUGGAAAGCACAACAUACAGCAUUAAAGAAAGACGAUACUCACAAGUAGUAUUACUGCAGAUAAAAUUACGCCGCAAAGUUUGCCUCUGUUAACCAGGAGCCGUAUUAUGUAACAAUUAUUUUACUUCGAUUCUCUUAACACCCUUUUCAGCAAGUGGCCUGCACGAAAAGCAUGGUAACACCAUGCCUUUGGUGUUAUCAGCUAAUGAUCAAGGACAAAACAAAUUGAAAAUGAAAACUGUUGCAUGAUACAGGCCCAGAGCAAAUCCAAUGAUUGCAGUUACUUUAGGCCAUAACUAGGCCAGUUAUGGCUACUACAUUGCCAUACGUCUGUUGGCUUUGCCUUGUAGUUUUCAUCAUUUCUUGCACUGCAUGUUCUUUUAGGCUAUUCAGAAACAUACCACUUUGAUCACAUUCUUUUUAUUGUUAGUAGCUGCAAACUUCCUGUAAUGUUGAUGUUAACACUUUAUACAAAAACAAUGCAUGCAAGCAGGGCAUCACACUUAAAAACUUGAGUCCGCUACCCUGAUGUUCAGGGCAGUGUCUCCUCGUCUGUAAUGGCCAGUGACGAGGAUGAACAUUAAAAGUGCAUAUUACUGA